AUGGAUCCCGAGUUGCAGAGACCAUUGUUGAAGCGUCGUGGUCAGGCGACUGGCCAUGAAGGCACUCUUCAAGGGCAAAGCCAGGCGGAUUUGGUGAGCCGACUUGUUGCAGACUACUCCUUGCAGCCUCCGCCACGAUGUCUACAAUGCCUAGAGACCAGCGGAUACCUUUUGCAGAUUGCCUUGGCAAUCCUCAGAGUUUUGGCUCCGAUCGUAAUGUGGUUUUUCACUGCACUGUACUACCUUUACAAGGUGAUCCCCAAGCAAGAACUGUUGGUCAUCUACGGGUGUGCACUUUGUUUCUUCGGAGGGGAGUUUUGUGCCUCAAUUGCGGCAGUGGAAUGCUUUCGGCGCACUGGUGGCGACAAGCUUCUUCUGUGUUUGCAGGACCUAGCCACCAACAUUCAAAUCGCAAAUGAAGCCUCCUUAGAGGAUGACAAGGCUGCCGGCCGUGACCUUGCUCAGCUGAGCCCGAAGGAUUGGUAUCAGCACAAGGCUGGCGUCGUGCUGAAAGCGGUAGACCCUGAUGUUGUUGUGAAGGCCUGUGCUGGCCUUUACCAGGGCUUCCUAGGACUGUUGGUAUCUUUGAAGUUCAAAUUUGCAUGGACAGUAGCUCUUGCUUGCUCCAUUGCGGAUCUAUUGCGCAAACCUGUCGCAAUAGUGGUGACGCCCAUCCUCGUGGUACUGAUGCCCAAGGGCUAUCACAAGUGGAUCAACCAGAUUAUCAAUCUGACUCUCAAGGCGAUUGCCGUCCAUUUGGCUUGGAAGCUGCAAGAGAUUAUCAGCUCGGUUCAGAGCGGACUGCUAGGUGCAAGCUUGGUUGGCACUGGAGUGAUCACAUUGACCUUCCAAGGCUUCUCCUGGGCUUCAGGCGGCCGCUGCUGCAAGCGAAAGUUUGAUCCUGACAAGAGCUUUUUGGACGAGCUUAUCGGACUCCCACUGGCUGCUUUUGGCAUUUGGUUUCAGCUCAAGAACAAUUUCAGCCUCCCCUUCCCGUACAAUUUAAGUCUGCUUCCUCUGACGAUCCUUGAGUCGGUGCUUCGUUUCAUGAUCACCUGGUUCCCCGUGCAGGCGACAGGCACCGGUGAUGGCUGUGAAUCCAUCUAUGGCGGUCCAUAUCCAGAUGAGAUCCAUCCACGAUUGAAGUUCAGGUAUCGUGGCAUGAUGGGUGUGGCCAGUGCUGGCCGAGGGACGAAGACCAAUGGUAGUCAGUUCUUCAUUGCUAUGGGCCGUCUUCCUUCCCUUGACGGCAAGCACACUCUCUUCGGCAAGGUUGUUGGACAGACCAUCUACAACCUUGUCCGCCUCAAUGAGGUAGAGGUAGACAAGAACGACAUUCCCGUGGAUGCCCCCAGGAUAGUACGCGCAGAGCUUGUUUGGGAUCCUUUCGGUGACUUGGAACCGCGCUACAAACAGUCGGUGCCAAAGCAGAUCAAGGAGAAGGAGGAACACAGACGAGCUCCUGUGCACAAGAAGAAUGUGCUCUCCUUUGCGGGCGCUGGGAGCGAUGAAGAGGAUGAUGAUGAUGAAGCAGAAGGAAAUGUGAAAGUGAAAAGCGCGCAUGACGUCCUCAACGACCCUCGACUGUCUCGAGAUGUUGCGUAUCCAGAGGAGGUGGCAGAGAAGAAGAAACUGCGAGAAGGCAAACGGCCUGCAGCAGCAGCUCCACAGGAAGGUGAUGCCAAGAGGCAGGUGCCUGCAAAUCGAGUGCCUCAAGGCAGAGUGUCGAAAGAAAAGGAAGCAAAGGAAGAUGAAAGUGAAGAACCGGAUUUCGGAGAUUCAGACUCAGAUGUCAGCGCUCAGCAGGCCAAACCUGUGAAGAAAGACAAAGAAGCUUUGAGACAGGAGACAAUCCUGAAACUGAAGAGGGAUAUCGUUGGCUUGGCCAAUGGGCUGCCAGCAGAAGAGCCCUCGAGGAGGAAAUCAGGCUCGGCCUUGGAGGCUAUGCGUAGAGGUUUCAAAACACGGUCUGAAACCAGGGUAGAAGUUCGAGGAAAGGAAGCAAGACGCUUGCAAGCGGAGGCAUUGGUGGAAGGCCUGAAAGGCUGGCAGGACCGUCUUCGCACUCUUCUGCCUGAUGACCCGGAAGGAGAAGAAGAGCAGCAAGAAAAGGAGGCCGAACCUGCAACUUUGGCAUCCUAUUGGGAAGAUGGUGAUGAAGAUGCCGACAAGGACUGGCUUGGCGGUUCAGGGCUCAAGUUCCAUACCUCCGGCGACAAGGCUUUCGAGAUUGCAGCUCGGAAGGCUCGGGACUCCCUGGAGAUCUUUGAUCCAAUUGCUGCAACCGGCAAUUCAGAGGCUCUGGCAGCAGCUCGCAAAAGGCGCAACGACAAGAUUGUGUGCGCCCUCAAUGCGGCGUCAGCAGCCACUCGAGCGCUGGUGAGACAGAUCUCAAAAAAGGGAGUCACAGAGUUUCGUUCACGGGCGCGCCCACCUCCUGGGGCCCCCGUUGCCGCAGUAGUCUGGGUGUUGGAACCCUUCGACGUGGCACAGGCCAAGUUGCUCGGCUUCCAAAAGGUGCAACACAAUGGAGCUGACAUCCGCCUUGAUUUGGACGUUACGCUGAGGCCUGCUGUAGCAGAGUCCACAUGGAAGAACAAAGCUCUCACCUUCCCCUGCAACAUUUGGACUGUGUCAAAAAAACUACCUGCAGGACUGUGCGUGUUGAUGCCUUUUGUCAGGCGAGCUCGUGAUGCGCCAGACAAAGUGCGGAGUUCCAAGAAGGAAGACAAGACGGCUAUCUCUGGAAACGUGAACUCUGAGGAGAUGGCUCAUGGGCCUUCAGCACAGGGAGCCGCACAGAUGAAGGAAUCGGAGGAAAAGAUGAACCUGGAGUCCUUUCUGAAUUACGUUGCCUUCAACAAGAAGGCUCCAGUGCAGACCCUUGACCUCUCAGACGCAAGUGCCGAUAAAGCCAAUGCAGAGGCGCAGAUGGUUUUGCGUGGGGCCUUGAACUUCAAACGCGUGGAUGUGGCAAAGGAACUCUAUGACCAGUUAGCGGCAGCGAAUGUGGACAUUUUUUCAGCCACCUUCUCGUUGAUGAUAGAGGCAAGCGUGCUCGCAAAAGACCUCAAAACUUCCAGUGACUUUCUGAUGAAGAUGGAAUCAUCCGGCCACAGCCCAAGCAGUGAGCUGCUGGACAAGGUCUUGGACCUUUACUCCAACCAGAAAACACAACGCGACGUGAAGAAAUCCUCCAAAGAGGAGGAUGGAACUGGGAACGGUGCAAUCGAGAAGGAGGUGAUCCUUCCGAGGCAGAAGCUGAAAUCGGAUGCUCGAAUUUUCGUGCCCAGCUUUGGGAUUCCUCCCCCACCACCAACGCCUAAGCCAGUGGACGAGGGCUUGCCGGGACGAGUCGAGGCAGACUCGCUCAGAACAAAGCUCAUGCCCACUGCGAAACCUUUUGAACCGAGCGUGUGGAUGGCUGAUUCGGCUCCACUUGCUCCUGGGGAGUGGGACGACCCAAAGACUGCGGCGCCGGAGGCUGGCAGGGCAUGCAUCACGCCGCAUGCGGCACUGCAGAAGUUUCUCGUUGACAGCCGGGGGUUGAGCAGACUCCUUGCUUUGAGCUCUAUGCAGGCUUCCGAAGCGAAGCAGAACUCUUCGAGAAAUGCUGGGCCCUUAGGUGUCAGUUGA